CAGCUUGAUUUUCCCAUGAUGCACCUCGAAACCAUGCGUUCGCCUCACCACUUUCGAGCAUUCAGCUCUUGGCGUUGCGAGACAUGGCGGCCGCACAAUCUGUUGUUCCCGUUCCGACCAAUGUGGUGGUCACCCAACAGCCAGCUUAUACCCAUACCGAUAUAGAAGAAUUGAGUGCGAUAACUAUACCAGUUCCACAAGAAGAUCCAGAACAACCUCCAGCUAAAAAAGGUCGCGAAUCUACGGGAAAAUGGAAAGGAUAUGACAGCAAAAGGGUUUUCAAAAAAGAAUGGGAAGACCGAUACGCAUGGGUCACAGCCGUGCCCGAGGAUCCAACUCUUGCAUAUUGCAAAAUAUGUGGCAAAAAAAUCCGAGCUCACAAGGGAGAUAUCGAGAAACAUCAAAAGACAAAAAGACAUUUGAAGAAACAAACAACGUCAGACAUCUUAGCUGACUUGAUACCGAUCUCUUGUGCCGAUGGUGGAUGGAAGGCUUGGCCGGAAAAUCCUGCAGAGAACAGACAGCAUUCUGCUUAUCGUGGAGAAAUUUUUGCAGCCGAUGAUGGAUGGAAGGCUUGUCCUGGAAGUCCUAUGGAGAACAAACAGCAUACUUAUUAUCGUGAAGCCGGUGAUGGAUGGAAGAUUUGUCCAGGAAGUCCAGCAAAGAACAAACAGCAUUAUGAUUAUCGUGAAGGUGAUGCUGCUGAGGGCUAUCAAGCGACAUAUUUGGAAACUAGAGAUAAUGAGAAUUUAGAUGGAACAAAGAACAAUGAUGUAGAGAGCAAUAGUGAUGCAAGAGUUGUAGCCCCGGCUGCACAGGUUGCUGAUGGCCAACAAGAAAUAAUAUAUUUUACAGAAUCAGCAGUUGAUUCUGCUCAUCAAGCCGCAAACAGUGUUAUUGACAAACUGGUAGAAAAAUAUCAUCAGAGGCGAUUAGACAAUUUAAAAAUAGAACAUGAAGCAAUUUUGCAGCUGUACAAAGAUCAGUUACUUUUGUCCCAGAGAGAGACUCAGUCUAAAGUUGAUGCUGAUUCAGAAAAAGCACAGUUUGAGCGUGUAGAACACGAAGCUAGGCUGAGAUUCAUGCAGGAAGAACACACUGCAAGACUGAAAGCGAUAGAAGAGGAGCACAGUGCAAAGCUGAGGGCGAUCGAACAAGAAGUGAUGUUUGCCCAACAAGAAUAUGAGAAGAAAAUGCGCCUCUUAGACGUACAGCUGUCAUCGAUGAAAUAAUUUCAUUCAUUCAUUCAUUCAUUCAUUCAUUCAUUCCUAAUGUGAAUUCCUCGGAGCUCAUUUGUUAUGUAAUUUUUAUUGGAGAUUGAUAAUUCACCAAUAUUUGGUGCAUAUGUUGUACAAAAGUUGGAUAUUCCAUUUGAGUAAAUGGAAAAAUAUAUCACUGGAGCUUAAAUCUUUCCUAGAAAUAAUAUAUUAAAGAGUAUGAAGCAUUUACCCAUGUAAUGUUUUAUAGAUAUAAAUAGUUCAAAAUCAUAUAGGCUAAUUUGAAAAUACAACAAUUGGAAGUGAUGGUAGGCCUCAUCUCCAGCAUUUUACCAUUUGUUCGGUAUUGUGGUUGUAUUUGACCAGCUUGAAUCAAAGAAAUAUAUUUAUUAAAUUUUUAUUACAAAGCAUGACUUCAUUGAAAACCAAGCAAAGCAUGCUUUCUGUUUGUGGUAUGAUGGGAAAAAAUAGUACUGAUUAUAUUUUAAAAAAUGAAUAAAUGAGGAAAAUUGUAAAAUAUAUUGUUUCAGCAAAAUUUUUUUUUCCCCCCCUUCUUUUCUGUUAGACUGUUUUUGGUGUCAUAUAUGGAUAAUAAUUAUUAGAAAACUGUGUAAUUUUGCUGUUUGUAGAAAUGUGGCAUAAGCUUGGAUUGAGUAUUUAAAUGAUUUUGUAAUAAGUUUUAUAAUUAAGUAAAUUUUAAAAUAAAGACCAUUUUUUUUCUAAAAAGUUAUUUUAAUUAACCUAGGUUUUUCAUUCCAAUGUUUUAAUGACAACCUUUUUCUAUCACAGUAAUUACUAAUUCAUUUUAAGUUUCAAAUCAUGGGUUAUAGUUUUAGUUCAAUCCAGAUAUAUGCUUGGAUAUUAAUAAUUCAUUGUGACAGUUUUAAUGUUUUAGUAUUAUGAUGUCUUAUUUUUACUGAAUGUGCUACAUUCUUUGCGAUUUUUGUUACGAUAUAAUUGUGUUAUAAAACCACUUAAGUUGACUAUGGGCAUAUAAAAUUUAUCUGUAUAAAUAAUUCUUUGUAAAAUAGAUUUUUGAUGCAUUGGAAAUAAUAUUUAAAAGAAAAUCCUAAGUAAGGUCAAUUUGCACUGCAUUUUUUUCUAGUAUAUUACAUGGAAAUAAGAAUUUUAAUUAUUUUGAAUAACAAAUUACCUAAAAAGUUCACUCUAAAUGACAUUAACCUAUUUAUAAUAUCCUAACCAUUAAAACAAGCUUUAUGAAUUGUAACAAUAUUAAAUAUAUAUGUUGAAAAAUUUAUGUGAUUUGUGCAGAAUAUAAUUUAGUUGGAAAAUAUUUCCUUGCUAUAAGUAUGUGUUUUUCCUUCCAUGUAAAUAUUUAUAAGGUAUAAAAAGGGAAGCUGAAAGUGUUAGUUUUGGAAAACUGACUGCAUUUUUUGUAAUGUAAACAUUUUUUUUGUAUAUGUUAGUCAUAGCUUUGCAAACAUUUGCAUUGCUUUUGUGUGUGCCAUAAGUUUUGAAAUUUUAAAUCUGGAGUAGUUUUUAUGAGUUUAGCCCUUUCUAUAAGCCCCAAACAACAAUACAAAAUAAGAAAACUGUAAAGCAUGUUGGAUUUUUCUUGAAUGUUGGAGAGAAUUUAAUUUGUGGGUUUCAGUUUUUCACACAUGAUAAGCAUCCUUAGUUCAUUGCUGUUUUAUAGCAUGAAAAAAUGAACAAGUUGAUUUAUUUUUUCAUGUAUAUUUAUUUAUGUGUUGUGCAUUUAUCUUUCAUUGCACGUAUAAAAUAAAAUAGUUUUGUUCAAUUUUCAAUUGAUAAACUUAGUGUUAGACAUAUUCUCUUUUUACCUUUAAUACAUGCAAAUCAUAUGCAAAAUAUUUCACUCUGGAAUGCAUUAGAUUUAUAUGUAAAAUUAUCUUUGCAUUCAAAAGGCUAUCAUGCUAUCAUUUGAGGAAAUAUUGUGCCUAAAGAAUUAAGUGUAAAAAAUUUAUUUAUAUUAAUUUUCUUUCAUUUAUUUUCAUGCAUUUAAUUGUCCUGUAUAGAUAAUUUACUGUUCAUACUUUGCUGAUUCAUCCAGCAAUAUGCCUUCAAUUGUGAAUUUAUGAUGUAUAUAAAAAUGCUAUGUUACGAGUGUUUGAUAAGUCAAAAUUGUCUGUUUCUGUUUAUUUCAUAGGGAAUUUUCAUUCUGUUGCACGAUUAAGUUACUGCAACUUUUAAUCAUCAUAUUUGUAGAUAGAAUAAAAAUAAUUUGCACUUGCAUUUAAAAGAAUUUCUUGUAAUGAUUGGGUUGGAAAAUAAAAGACUUAUUUUCUUUUGUAUAUACAUAAUGUGAUUUUAUUUUGAAAUGAGAGACAGUUGCAUUAAAAUAAUCCCCUAUUGCAUUUCAUUUAAAAAUGCUGUUCUUCCAGUAUGUGAGGGAAUAAGACUGCUUAAUACUAGUAUUUUGAACACAGAUGAUUGAAUUGACUAUGUGGGUGAAUUGUAUGGUUUUUCCAUCUGUGUAAUGUGAAGGUUCUAUUACAAAGCCCUCCUCAAAGGCAUAUUUCUGUUUAAGGCAGAUAGCCAGCCAUGUGUUCUGCCUUCUUCAAUAAUGUAACAUAAUUCAUUAAGAAAUGCAUGAAAUUGUAUAUUAUGAAUUUAUUAAAAAAGAAAAAAAUAAA